AUGUACAACUGCGUCCAGUCCGAGCGCAACUGGAGCGUGCAGCUGCUAGCUCAAACGGCGAGGCGCACCCUCCUCACCUCGCUGGGCGGGGAGAAGGGCUCCGCAUGGAAGAGCUCUCAGCCCACCCACCGCCAGCCCGAUAAGCGCACCGCGCGCCUGUUCAGCACGCCGCCGCCGCCAGAUCAGCGCGCCACCGCCAGCCCACCGCGCCGCCGCCAGCCCACCGCGCCGCCGCCAGCCCGCCCACCGCGCUCUCCUCUGUCGACAUCACCACCUCGACUCUCGUUGUAUAGCAGGAGGGCCACCCGCUCGAUCACCGCACCUGGAUGGGGCACACCGCCGCCGCUGCGGCCGCGGCCGCCGAACCCGCUCUCGGACUCACCAAGCCCAACGUCGUCGAGCCGCCUUAGGUCUGUCAUCUGUUGUGCCUACAACCCGUCUCCAACAAAACCUGCUGAUACUCUCAGCUUCAACCUGUGCUCUCUGUCGUUCUUCCAGGUCACCUUUUUUGCGAAAGACAUCGAAUUCUCCGAGUGGAAGGGCGAUAUUCUCGCUAUCACCGUCACGGAGAAGGAUCUGUCCAAAGACGCUUACUCCAAAUUUGAGAAUGCCGUCUUGAAGAAGCUGGACGGCCAGCUCGGUGGCCUCUUGUCGGAGGCUGGGGUGGAGGAAGAUUUCACUGGGAAGACGGGGCAGUCGGUGGUCCUCCGCCUCGCGGGGCAGGGCUUCAAGAGGGUGGGCCUGAUCGGUCUUGGUCAGAGCGCCUCGUCCACCGCCGCCGCUAGCCGAGGCCUCCGUGAGUCUGUCGCGUCGGUUGCCAAGGCCGCUCAAGCUAGCAGCGCUGCAAUCGUUCUUGCCUCCCCCAGUGGGAUCCAGGAAGAGUUCAAGCUAGCAGCGUGCAGAGCAGCAGUUGCUUCUGGAACCGUGCUGGGGUUGUAUGAGGACAGCAGAUACAAGUCUGAAUCAAAAAAGGUGCACCUGAAACAUGUUGAUAUUAUUGGAGUGGGUUCUGGUGCGAAGGUGGAUCAGAAACUUAAGUAUGCUAAUGAUCUUUCGUCGGGUGUGAUAUUCGGAAGAGAGCUUGUGAACUCGCCUGCAAAUGUCCUUACCCCUGCUGUGCUUGCGGAGGAGGCGUCAAAGAUCGCUUCUACUUUCAGUGAUGUGUUCACUGCCACAGUACUGGAUGUAGAGAAAUGCAAAGAACUAAAGAUGGGUUCCUACUUGGGAGUUGCUGCAGCUUCUGCUAACCCUCCUCACUUCAUCCAUUUGUGCUACAAACCCACUGAUGGGAACGUCAAGAGAAAGCUGGCUAUUGUUGGGAAGGGUUUAACUUUUGACAGUGGUGGCUACAACAUUAAGACCGGGCCAGGCUACAGCAUCGAGCUGAUGAAAUUUGACAUGGGAGGCUCUACAGCUGUAUUUGGUGCAGCUAAAGCUUUGGGACAAAUAAAGCCUCCUGGAGUAGAGGUUCACUUUAUAAUCGCUGCCUGUGAAAAUAUGAUCAGUGGCACAGGCAUGAGAACUGGUGACAUUGUAACUGCUUCCAAUGGGAAGACAAUUGAGGGAUCAUCUGGUCAAUAUGUCUGUGCUACUCUACCUUAUAUUCGUGCGAACAUUCCCAUUAUCAUUGUAUUUCGAGCAUUAGGAUUUGUUGCUGACAAGGGUAUACUGGAGCAUAUAUGUUAUGACUUUUCUGAUACACAAAUGAUGGAAUUGCUACGCCCAUCCCUGGAGGAAGCUUUUGUCAUUCAAAAUCAACAGGUUGCUCUAGACUACAUUGGAAAACAUGGCGCAACAGUUGGUGUCACUCGAGAAAAGAGAAUUAAAUAUGCAAAAGAAAUACUUCAAAAGGAAAUGUUACGUGUUGGGGAAUUAUGUGAAACUAAGAAGACAUACUAUUUUGGGUAUAUUAUUCACCGCCUACUGAUGUGUGCUCUUAGUCGAAGAGCUGAGGAUGACCGAGAUCAUUAUGGAAACAAAAGACUAGAUCUUGCUGGUCCACUGCUUGGAGGGCUGUUUAGAAUGCUUUUCAGGAAGUUAACAAGGGAUGUGAGAUCUUACAUGCAAAAGUGUGUAGAUAAUGGAAAGGAAGUUAAUUUUCAAUUUGCUAUCAAAGCAAAAACUGUUACCAGUGGCUUGAAGUACUCACUUGCUACUGGAAACCGAGGACAGGCUAACCAAGCUGGAACCAGAGCAGGGGUUUCUCAGUCAAAUGAGAAGUUACAAGGUUUAAGGGAAGAAUUGAAUGCGAUUGUCCCAUACUUGGAGGAGAUGAGAAAGAAGAAAGUUGAAAGAUGGGACCAAUUUGUUGAUGUCAUAGAGCAAAUUAAGAAGGUUGCAUCUGAAAUCAGGCCUGCAGAUUUUGUACCCUUUAGAAUUCCUGUGGAUCAGUCUGAUCUGUCUUUAAGAAAGUUGGAGGAGCUAACGAAAGAGCUGCAAUCCCUUCAGAAGGAGAAGAGUGAUCGGCUGAAGCAAGUCAUGGAACAUCUUAACACUUUGCAUUCGUUAUGCGAGGUGCUUGGUGUAGACUUCAAACAAACAGUAAAUGAGGUGCUAAUGUGGUGGAGCUACGAACAACAAUCUGAUGUCCUGAUCGAGAGCGACGGAGCUAAUGUUUGAACUUGUGUAUUUGAACUUGUGAACUAUGGAUGUGAACUUGUGUGAAUUUGUGAACUUAUGUAUUUGGACUUAUGUGAAUUUGCGAACUUAUAUAUUUGGACUUCUGUGAAUUUGUGAUAUGAACAUAUAUCAAUGUGUUUGAAAUCUGUAUUGUAUGUGAUAUAUUGUGUUGCAUGUGA